UUUUUUUCAUUUUGUUACGUCAUUUUUUGGCGGGAAUUUCGCUCGAUAGCGGAGGUUAUUCUUGUUUAGUAUCAAAAUUUUCAGUUGUGUAAAAUAAAAAAAAGUUCAGGAUGACAGACUCAGUUGGAGAUUUUGGAUUUCCCUUUCCACCCUACAAAAUACAGGAGGAUUUUAUGAAGAGUCUCUAUGAAGUGAUUGAGGAGAGACUUAUUGGGAUCUUUGAGAGUCCAACAGGAACUGGGAAAACCCUCAGUCUCCUCUGUGGAGCACUAACUUGGCUACACAAUAACGAAGAACAACUGAAAAGGGAUCUAAGGACAAAGGUAAAUGAUGUCCAGCUGACGAUUGAACAAGAAGAGAAGAAACCUUCGUCUGGUGGAGAUUGGAUUGAAAGUCAAUACGCUACGAUCAAAUUGAAGGAGGAUUUGAUGUUGCAGAAGAAGAUGCUGGAUUUGAUUUUGGAGCAUGACAAGAAGAUCCAGGCAAUGCGUGAGAGAAAAAGGAAAGAAGUUCACGAGAAACGGAAAUGGAGAUCUUUAGUGAAAAAGGAACCUCAUAGAGUUGAAUCUGAUGGAGAAGAUCAUCCAGAAGAGAUACCUGAUGGCACAGAGGAUUUCCUCUUGGAGGAGAUUUAUGCAGAUAAAGAACCAAGCGAAGAAGAACCUCCAACUGAUGAGCAUAAAUGCACAAAGAUUUUCUUCUGCAGUCGCACACAUUCCCAACUCGCUCAGGUGCUGGAGGAAAUUAGGAAGACAAAAUUCGCCAAAAAUACCAGAAUUGUAUCUCUAGCAUCGAGGCAGAAUUUUUGUGUAAAUGAUGAAGUAAGGGGGCUAAAGUCUGCAGCAUUGAUCAAUGAGAAGUGUCUGGAUUUGCAGAGAAAUCGUUCCAAAGUCACCUCGAUCGAGGGUGGGAAGGCUCUGAAAAAGAAACGCGGAAGAGGAUGUGAAUUCUUGCGAGAGAAUACAAUUGAGAAUCUACGAGAUAGCAUCCUUUCGGAUAUAACUGAUAUUGAGGAGAUCAUACAGAUGGGUCAAGGAGAAAAAUCAUGUCCAUACUAUGCAAGUCGAGCAGCCAUAUCCGAUGCCCAGCUGGUACUACUGCCCUAUCAGAUGAUCUUUCACGGCCGAACAAGAGAUCAGAUGGGGAUCAAUUUGAAAGAUUCUGUGAUUAUCGUUGAUGAAGCUCACAAUCUUCUGGACACAAUCUCUUCAAUCUACUGCGCUGAGAUUGACCUGGAGCAACUGAAGGAAGCUCAAAAUCAACUAACGGCCUACCGCGAGAGGUAUGUGAAGAAAUUUAGCACCAAAAAUCUCCUGAAACUCAAUCAAUUGAUCUUUGUUGUGGGGAGACUCGUUAAAAUGUUCCCAGAAGUUUCUAAGGACACGCACAGAAUAAUUCUGUCGCACCAGCUCAUGUCAGAGGGAGAAUUUUUCAACAUAAACCUCUAUGAAUUACUGAAUUUUUGCGAAAAUACUCGCUUAGCUCAAAAGGUUCAGGGAUUCUCAAUGAAUUUUGGUGGAAAGAAACUAAAGGAUGAUCAGAAAGAAAAGACUGCUACUCAGAUAUUGCUUGAAAAAUUAGAAUCAGAUGGAAAUAAAAAGAAGCGAGGAAAGAAAGUGGAAAUAAAUCAGGCAGCUGAACAGGAAGAAUCAGAAGCAGAGAGAAAAAAUACCCCAUCAGUUAUUCGUCCUGUCUUGGCUUUUCUGGAACGCCUCACAGAGGAUAUCUCAGAUGGACGAAUUCUCCUUACGUGGGAACCAAAACCACGAAUGAAGUACCUCCUCCUGAAGCCAGAUGCCCAUUUUUCCCGUAUCCUCAGCGAAUGCCGAGCUUUGGUUGUUGCAGGAGGCACAAUGCAGCCAACAAAUGAACUAAAAGAACAUAUCUUCUCCCGAGAAAUUCCCCGAAUUCGGGAAUAUAUUUUUGAUCAUGUUGUACCAGAAAAUUCCGUCUUGCCCCUCAUUGUACCCCGUGGUCCAGCUGGGAAAGCCCUACGACUGGAUUUUGCAUCUCGGAGUUCAAAAGAAUCUCUCAUGGCUAUUGGGAUGGCUCUUCAGAAUCUGUGCAAUGUGGUACCAGCGGGAAUUGUUGUAUUCCUCAGCUCAUACGACUACCUCAAUGCUGUUUUCCAGCAUCUCGAUGAGUGUGGUGUCCUUGGGAGAAUACGUGCCAGGAAGAAGGUUUUUCGUGAGCCACGUCAAGGUGGUCGAAUAGAGGGUAUUCUCAGUGAGUACUCAGAUGCAGCCACAAAGGGUGGAGGAGCCAUAAUGUUUAGUGUGGUCGGUGGGAAGUUGUCUGAGGGAUUGAAUUUCUCCGAUGAUCUCGGAAGGUGUGUGGUUGUCGUUGGCCUUCCAUUUCCCAAUAAAACAAAUCCCGAACUAAUUGAAAAGAUGAAGCACUGCGACACAAUCCUGCGGCCAGGAGCUGGGAAUGAUUACUACGAAAAUCUCUGUAUGAAAGCCGUUAACCAGUGCAUCGGAAGAGCUGUACGACACAUCAACGACUAUGCCAGUGUAAUCCUCCUGGAUGAGAGAUACGCCCAGGAGAGGAUAUCACGUAAGCUCCCUGGAUGGAUACGGAGAAGCCUCAAGGAAGCCCCCAACUUUGGAGCUGUUCAGAGUGUACUCGUGAAAUUUUUUCGUGAAAAACGAACAGGCAUUUAAAAUUUUUGAUUCAAUGCGAGAACUCUCGAGUUGAUCCGAAGAUAAUUCAUCGCACCCACCGGCACAUAUUUACGUUUUUUGCUUUCAUUGGUACACGCACUAUACGCAGCAAUAUUAUAAAAUCUUGUUCUUCUGACUAGUUCUUUGGUUUUAAAUAAUGGGGCUUCUUGGAAUUGGACAAACAAUUAUCCUUUUGUGCGUUAUAGUUCCAUGUUUGGGCAGCAGUAGUGAUGAUAAAGCCACCAUAAACAUUACACCAAAAA